AGUUCCGAUUUACCGACGGGACAAAGCGGACAUGUGUUGGCGCCUAAAAAAGUUGUCUUUUGGCGCAUAAGCGUUGAAGAAGCGCGUUGCUCCGAGAGGUGUCAAGGUCAAGUGGGCCUGGAAAUGUAUUAUAUAAAACCCAGCUCCGAGAGGUGUCAAGGUCAAGGUCAAGUGGGCCUGGAAGCUUCUAACGACCUGUAGAGUCUUCGCAGCUGCGCUCAGAGAUCGCCGAGCAACGACCCUCGUCGGAAAAAUCGAUUUUUAGAAGCUGGAAGAGCUAAGAUGAGUGUAAAUAAAGCCAAGGAUUUGAGGCUUCCAUUGAUGAAUCUCGUUAGACUUCAAGGAACACCUAUUUUGGAGCAACUGCAUUUGGAAGAAAGGCUUCUUAGAACAUCGUCUGAUAAUUGGUGCAUCGUUAAUGAUGGAACCAAUGUCCCUACCAUUGUCAUGGGAAUGUCAGGGAAGCCUUCUCAACUUGUUGAGCUUGGACCUGUUAUAGAGGAUCGAAUACCGGUAAUCAAAAGAUUCACGGGAGGAGGAACGGUGAUUGUGGACAAGAGUACCAUGUUUGUGAGUUUGAUUUGCAACAAGUAUGAUGUUCCAAGUGUCCAGCCUUAUCCUCGUUCUGUCAUGGCAUGGAGUGGUUCGUUGUAUGGUGAAGUGUUUAAGGGUAUUAAUGGUUUCCAACUACGUGAGAACGAUUAUGUUUUUGGUGAUCGUAAAUUUGGUGGAAAUGCUCAAUCAAUAAUUAGGAAUAGAUGGAUACACCAUACGUCAUUUCUUUGGGACUACAAUGUGAGAAACAUGGCUUACCUAAAGCUGCCUUCGAGAGUGCCCCAGUACCGGUUGGAAAGAGACCACACAGAUUUCGUGUGUAGGAUGAAAAAUUACAUGGAAAGAUCGGAUUUUGUUGAGAAGACAGUGAAGGCUGUGGAAAACCAAUUCACAUUGAAGCAAGUGAACCUUGAGGAUAUCGAUUCCUAUGCAAAAGGAGAACACUUGAAGAGCACGAAGCUCCUGACAAUGGAGGAACUCGAAGAAGCAAUGGCAGGAACAACUCAGAAUGUAUGAGCAGUACGCUCAUGCUAGUUAAGUUUUUACUCAUGCGGAAUGCGAAACUGCUAUUAGUUUACUAAAUCCUUGAUUCUUUACCUCGGGUUAAACCGACUACCUUUGUCUCCAUUCUUUGAAUUUCAUUCAUGGUCUAAAAUUCGUAAGAAAUGUAUGUCCUGAUGUUUCAUUUU